AUUUGGAAGCAGCAAUGUUAUACCACUCAAUGACAUCACACAGCCUGUUCAUUCCUGUCAUAUUGCUUUGGACUGAACGCAUUUCCGCUCCUUCGACUGUGUUUGGAAAAUAUUUCAUCACAACAGUUCCUAUAAUGAAUUACUCUCAAAAUGCAGUCACUCAGUAUAUUGUGUUCUCAUUUUUUACACAUUACAUGCAUGUGUUAGAAGUGAUUGUACAUGAAAAGUUCCAGAAACCGAGCGUUUAUAUUUCCAUAGACCAACCUCAAUCACUAACAGAGACAGUCCUGCUGAUAAACAUGUCCCUGUUAGAGAUCAACGUGAAAACAUACAGAUUCAACGCAGCGGAAGAGUUUAGCCUGAUGGUCUAUUUAUUUGGUGAGGAGUCCGCUGCCUCGUUUAUCGCCAUCCCCGUGUCCGGCUGGGGAAAUAGUUACUACGUUGUUACACUCAGCGACAAUCCCACAAUUCAACUUGUGUCACAUGACAUGGUAAGAAUCAUGGUCACUUUUAAAUUUGCAGACGACAUCGCGACCUGGAGCUUCAUGAAUGUCUCUUACACAACCGGGAUGACCAUGGAGAUAAGUCUGGAUAAGUGGACCACAUUCCCCAUACAGAAUUGUACACAUUUUUCCCACAGCGACAAUUACGACAUUAGCUGGACAGGUACAAAGAUAAUGGGAGACAAUUCAUUCGGAGUGGUAACCGGAAGUUGUUUCUCCAAGACUUUCAUGUGUGAAGAUGCCAAAGUGACCCAUGAUCAAAUGUCGUCUGACGCAGCGCUUGGCAAGUGAAUCCCUAACUCUGCAUCGCCUUAUAAUUU